AGCCCACGUAGGCAGUAACUCCUGGAUGUAGCAGUUUCCGCCUCUGCCCUGGAAGCCCCUCUGGUGUUGACAACGCCCAGCGAGUCUGGAUGAGGACAGGUUUGGAGCAAUGCUGCAGAGUGGUCUGUCAGCAGAGGAGGCCUAGGGGUUCAGCAGACUUCUCAAGGCCGAGGAAUCUGUGCCACCCGAAUUGUUUGAUCCAGUGAAUCUGCAAGGAAAGGUCUCUGAGGCCCCUGUCUGCUGACUGCAUGAGAAACCCUAAAGGAAAUGCCAGUCGUGAUGGCCCGGGACCUGGAGGAAACAGCAUCAUCCUCAGAGGAUGAGGAGGCGGUAAGCCAAGAGGACCAUCCAUGUAUCAUGUGGACUGGAGGCUGCAGGAGAAUUCCGGUUUUGGUAUUCCAUGCUGAGGCUAUUCUGACAAAGGACAACAAUAUUCGAGUAAUUGGAGAACGUUAUCAUUUGUCUUACAAGAUUGUGCGAACAGACAGUCGCCUGGUACGCAGCAUUCUGACAGCCCAUGGAUUUCAUGAAGUUCACCCAAGCAGCACUGACUAUAACCUAAUGUGGACAGGAUCCCACCUGAAGCCCUUCUUGCUUCGCACCCUCUCUGAAGCACAGAAGGUUAAUCACUUUCCCAGGUCAUAUGAACUAACCCGGAAGGACCGAUUGUACAAAAACAUCAUUCGAAUGCAGCAUACGCAUGGCUUCAAGGCUUUCCACAUCCUCCCUCAGACCUUCCUGCUGCCGGCUGAGUAUGCGGAAUUCUGCAAUUCAUAUUCAAAGGACCGGGGACCUUGGAUAGUAAAACCUGUGGCCUCUUCUAGGGGGCGGGGCGUCUACCUGAUCAACAACCCAAACCAGAUUUCCCUGGAAGAGAACAUCCUGGUCUCCCGCUACAUCAACAACCCCCUGCUCAUAGAUGAUUUCAAGUUUGAUGUGCGCCUCUAUGUGCUGGUGACUUCCUAUGAUCCCCUUGUCAUCUACCUCUAUGAAGAAGGAUUGGCUAGAUUUGCAACUGUGCGAUACGAUCAAGGAGCCAAGAACAUUCGGAACCAGUUCAUGCACCUGACAAACUACAGUGUGAAUAAGAAGAGUGGAGACUAUGUCAGUUGUGAUGAUCCAGAAGUGGAGGAUUAUGGGAACAAAUGGAGCAUGAGUGCUAUGCUGAGGUAUCUGAAACAAGAAGGCAGAGAUACAACUGCGUUGAUGGCCCACGUAGAAGACCUGAUCAUUAAGACCAUAAUCUCUGCUGAACUAGCUAUUGCUACAGCCUGUAAAACCUUUGUACCUCAUCGCAGCAGUUGUUUUGAACUCUAUGGCUUUGAUGUGCUCAUAGAUUCUUCUCUGAAGCCAUGGUUGUUGGAGGUGAAUCUCUCUCCUUCUUUGGCCUGUGAUGCGCCUCUGGACCUGAAGAUUAAAGCCAGUAUGAUUUCAGAUAUGUUCACUGUUGUAGGAUUUGUGUGCCAAGAUCCUGCCCAGCGGGCAUCAACCCGGCCACUUUAUCCCACCUUUGAGUCUUCCAGGCGAAACCCUUUCCAGAAACCUCAGCGUCCAGUAUCUGCACAGUUUCAAUCAUCAGACACCAAACAGCGUUCCCGUCCACUCUCUGCCAGUGAUGCGGAAAUGAAAAACCUUGUGGGUUCAGCCCGGGAGAAGGUGCCGGGGAAGUUAGGUGGUUCUGUGCUCGGUCUGUCAAUGGAGGAGAUCAGAGUUUUACGAAGAGUGAAGGAAGAGAACGAUCGGAGAGGUGGAUUUAUUCGCAUAUUCCCUACAUCAGAGACAUGGGAAAUAUAUGGGUCCUACCUCGAACACAAGACCUCCAUGAACUAUAUGCUGGCAACACGGCUCUUCCAGGACAGGGGAAACCCAAGAAGAAGCUUAUUGACAGCAAGAACACGAAUGGCUGCUGAUGGAGCACCAGAAUUGAAAGUCGAGAGUAUGAAUUCAAAGGCAAAGCUGCAUGCUGCUCUUUAUGAGAGGAAGCUCCUGUCUUUGGAGGUGCGAAAACGUAGACGUCGGAGUGGCAGAUUGAGGGCAAUGAGGCCAAAAUACCCAGUGAUUACUCAUCCAGCUGAAAUGAAUGUUAAAGCUGAGACAGAGAGUGAAGAGGAGGAAGAAGUUGCUUUAGACAAUGAAGAUGAAGAACAGGAAGCUUCCCAGGAGGAGUCUGCAGGGUCCCUUGGAGAAAAUCAAGCCAAAUACACACCCUCAUUGACCGUUAUGGCAGAACAUUCACCCAAAGAAAAUGCCGUGAAAGUUCCUGAAUGGAAUAAUAAAGGUGAACAGUGCUGCAAAAUUGAGACUCAGGAGUCAGAGCCUAAAUUCAACCUGAUGCAGAUUCUGCAAGAUAAUGGCAAUCUUAGCAAAGUACAGGCCCGAAUAGCAUUCUCUGCCUAUCUCCAGCAUGUUCAAAUUCGCCUGAUGAAAGACAGUGGAGGUCAGACGUUCAGUGCCAGUUGGGCUGCCAAAGAGGAUGAACAGAUGGAGCUGGUGGUUCGUUUCCUCAAGCGAGCAUCAAGUAACCUCCAGCACUCACUGAGGAUGGUAUUACCCAGUCGACGAUUGGCACUUCUAGAACGCAGAAGAAUCCUGGCCCACCAACUGGGUGACUUUAUCAUUGUGUACAACAAGGAAACAGAACAAAUGGCUGAAAAGAAAUCGAAGAAAAAACUUGAGGAAGAAGAGGAAGAUGGGGUGAAUACGGAAAACUUUCAAGAGUUCAUCAAACAAGCAAGUGAGGCUGAACUGGAGGAGGUGUUGACUUUUUAUACCCAAAAAAACAAGUCUGCAAGUGUCUUCCUGGGGACUCACUCAAAAAGUUCUAAAAACAGCAACAGCUAUUCUGAUAGCGGGGCAAAGGGUGAUCACCCUGAGACAACAGAAGAAGUGAAAAUAAAGCAACCCAAACAGCAACAGGCAACAGAAAUUCACUCUGAUAAAUUAUCUCGAUUUACCACUUCAGCAGAAAAAGAGACUAAAUUAGUCUAUACCAAUUCUUCCUCUGCUGCUUUCUCUGGUCCUACUGCUACUCUUCUGCAGAAAAUUCCCAACACCCAUUUUUCAUCUGUUGUUACAACCUCUGACCUCUCAGCAGGGCCUGGCCACCAUUCUUCUUUAUCUCAGAUCCCUCCAGCUAUCCCCAGCAUGCCUCACCAGCCAACAAUUUUACUGAGCACCGUCCCUGACAGUGCUUCUCCCUCUAUACGUCCUGGAACACAGAGCAUACCAAGCCCCGCUGGCCUGCCACGCUGUCGAUCAGGCAGUUACACCAUUGGUCCCUUUUCCUCUUUCCAAAGUGCUGCACACAUCUAUAGCCAGAAACUGUCUCGUCCCUCUUCAGCAAAGGCAGCAGGUUCAUGCCAUCCAAACAAGCAGCAUUCAGGAGUAGCCAAAACACAAAAGGAGGGAGAAGAUGGUUCUUCGCACAGCAAACGAUACAACCAAAGCAUGGUGACGGCCGAACUUCAGCGGCUGGCUGAGAAGCAGGCAGCAAGGCAGUAUUCGCCGUCCACGCACAUCAGUCUCCUCACCCAGCAGGUAACAAACCUGAAUUUGGCAAGUGGCAUCAUAAACAGAAGCAGUGCUUCAACUCCCCCCACCCUUCGGCCUGUCCUCAGUCCUGCUGGCCCGACAUGGUCAAUACAGUCAGACUCCCAAGCUCCUGAGAGCCACUCCACCCCUCCUGGAAGCAGGAGCCUCCAAACAGGUGGCUUUGCCUGGGAGGGAGAGGUAGAGAACAACGCGUAUAGCAAGGCUACAGGGGUGGUCCCCCAGCACAAGUAUCACCCCACAGCAGGCAGCUACCAGCUCCAUUUUGCCCUGCAGCAGCUUGAACAACAAAAACUUCAGUCCCGGCAGCUUCUGGACCAGAGUCGAGCCAGGCACCAGGCCAUCUUUGGGAGCCAGACACUACCUAACUCCAAUUUAUGGACAAUGAGCAAUGGUGCAGCUUGCAGAAUUUCAAGUGCCACAGCUAGUGGCCAGAAGCCAACCACUCUGCCACAAAAAGUGGUGCCACCUCCAAGUUCUUCCUCCUCCCUGGUCCCCAAACCUCCAUCCAAUCACAAACAAGUUCUCCGAAAGGCAACAUCCCAGAGGGCUCCCAAGGGCUCCUCCACAGAAGGGCAGCUGAACGGCCUCCAGAGCAGCCUUCACGCUGCAGCCUUUGUGCCCAUCACCAGCUCCACAGGAUCUUUGGAACCUCCCCAAGUUAUUUUCGCCAGAUCCAAACCCUUGCCCACACAAUCUGGAGCCCUUGCUAUAGGACAGAGAAAAUCAAAGUCGGUGAAGUCAGGGCCAAUUUAAGAUCCUGCUCACACUAAAAGAUGAGCCACGAGCUCGGAGGAAGAACCUGUGCACUGCUCCUGCUCCUCCUGGGUGUGUGACCGCGGGGGGAGUGUCCACCAGCGCUGCAGGGGGGCCGUGGUAUUUUUUUGCUGCCUCAGUCCCCAGAGCCUUCGAGCAGAAGUGGCAGUACGCUGUUGCCAGUAGCCAAUCCAGACUUUUACUGAGACGACAGGAAAACACAGCUGGGUUGUGAUGGAUCUUGGCAGUGGGGACAUUCAACUGAUGCAUUAUAUACCCCGUCAGAGCACACGUGUAUCUUUUACCCUUUUUACCCCCGCCCCCAACCUGCUUAGGUCUUCUCUGUCCCUCUCCUGCUACCACACAGAGAUGAUAUAAAAGAGGCUCUUUGGCUAUUUGCAUUUUGCUUCCUCUUCUUUUCCAGAUUGCAGUAUUAAGCUUUGCUUCCUACAAACCUAAAAUCCCAACGUUAUCUACCAGAGUUGUUCUUCCACUUUCAGGGUUUGGGGGGAAGGGGAGCUCACAUCACGAGUUUCCCGGAGAGUGGAGAAAAUGUGCUGCUGCCCACAUGAGCCACGGUAAAGACACCCUUUGGAAUUACUGAUUUCUAAAAUUAAUAAAGUAAUUCUAUUUUUAUUUUCUUCUUUCCAUUUACUAAUUUCCCAACAAUCAGUAUUCGCAAACAAGACUGAAAUGGGACCAACUUCUCCUUUUAUUUCAUUGCUGAGCAAUUUUUUAAACUUCAUUUUAGAAAUGUGAGCUAGAAAGAGAUAUUUUAUUCUUACAUUCAGUUUCAGCAGAUGGUGGGUCCAGGCUGUUCCCCACGGGUGGCUCCCGCCCCUGGGAAGCUGCUGUGUGCAAAUGUCUCCGUUAUCAGACCACAACAGACAGGUCCUCCGGUGGCACGUGAAUGUGUAUCCAGUUGCACCUUGUUUACCUAAACAGCUCAUCAGAGUGAUGCGGCACGGCCCCUGACUGCUUUCCACUAAAACUCUGCUCUGGCUUCCUCGUCUGUCCCAGCUCCUCUCCAGCUUCUGCUGGAGAAAAGGUUGAAAGGUGGCUGCAGAGCCCACUGAAGAAUUGACUUAGCUGCCCUAGGGAGUUACAGGGUGAGAAUCCAGAGUCUGGGGUUUCUACAGGAUGCUAAAGACUCAGCAGUGAAACCUCAAAAGAAAAAUGACACCCAAAAAGGCAGAGAGAAAAGGGACUUUAUUGCCUUCUUAGCGAAUGAACACAGGUUUGAGCACAUUGAAGUGUUUUGUUUGCUUGUGAAGGAUGAAGUCUGUCGAUUGCAGGAGAGAAGAGAGGAUGCGUCCCAUCCUAAUGGGGCUUCUGGGUAGAGUGUGAGGACCAUCUUAACCGUUUGCUAACUUGGUUGUGAAUUGGUUAGGAGGCAAAUUCGAAUUCCUUCAUAGUCCCCUGCUGAUGUGUAGACUUGGGAAAUAAGAUGUUUAGGGAGACUCAACAUAUGGAUCUUGUGAAAAAGGAUAAGAAGCUAUGAGCCCUAUCAAAGGACUUUUAGACCAGCUAGAGUGCUUGGAAUGGCCCUAGGUAACCAUCAAAAUUGAGUCCUCAAGCUAAUUGCUUAGUGUGCUCACCAUGUGCUGAUCAGGCACAAGACCGGACUCCAGAUCUCCCCCUUCAUGACUCAAGUACUUUCAAGUCAUUUUUACUGGCACUGGACUUCUCUUGGUAAUAAACCAGACAGAUCAUACGAUCCUCCUUUCAACAGCAGUGUCCCUCCUUACCUUUCCCCAAAACAAGCGUGUAUUUUUGAAGACGGACAGAAUGGUUCAAGUUUCUGUAGUGCCUGUAAAUGACAUGUGGAAUGGGGAGGCUGGACUGCAGACCCCUCCCGUAUUUAUAUCUGCUGAUUAAGAUAAGAAUAGAGCUCUAACAUAAAAAGAAGGUUUGGAA